AUUGCUAUCUGCAUCUUGCAUUUCAUCCACCAGACAACCUCCCAUACUCCUUCCAUAACCAUAACACACCUUACUUUGCGAGCUAUUCCGUUCACUUAUCCUUUGCUCAUAUUCCCUGUCCGUAUCUAGCCACAAUUUGCCAACAAACCUUUCGAUCAAUAUGUUGGAAGCACGACUCGCUCAAGCUGAUCUUCUGAAGAAAGUCGUCGAUGCAAUCAAGGAUCUUGUCCAAGAUUGCAACUUCGACUGCAAUGACAGUGGCAUUCAGCUGCAGGCCAUGGACAACUCCCAUGUUGCCUUGGUUUCCAUGAUGCUUACUGCUGAAUCCUUCGAGCCAUUCCGCUGCGACCGCAACAUCUCCCUCGGUGUCAACCUCACAUCCCUGACCAAGGUCCUACGCGCUGCUCAGAGUAACGACGUGCUCACGCUCAAGGCUGAGGAUGGCCCUGAUGUGCUGAAUAUGCAAUUCGAGAGCCCUGAGAACGACCGCAUCAGCGAGUAUGACCUCAAGCUCAUGGACAUUGACCAGGAGCACCUGGGCAUUCCCGACACCGAGUAUGCUGCUACAAUUGCGAUGCCAUCUGGCGAGUUUCGUCGCAUCUGUACCGACUUGAUGGCUAUGUCAGAAUCAGUGAUGAUCGAGGCCUCCAAGGACGGUGUCAAGUUCGCAUGCAAUGGCGAUAUUGGUAACGGCUCAGUGACUCUUCGAAGCCAUGAGGAUGUCGAGAAACCCAAACAAAGUGUCUCGAUUGAGUUGACCGAGCCUGUCGCCCUCACCUUCUCCCUUAAGUACCUGGUCAACUUCUGCAAGGCUGCUGGCCUCUCCGAGCAGGUCAAGAUCAAGCUCUCUAAUGAAGUGCCCCUCUUGGUUGAAUACGAUCUUCAGGGUCAAAGCCAUCUGCGUUUCUAUCUUGCGCCUAAGAUUGGUGAUGAGGAGUAGAAGAGUGCCAUGAUGCAAUACGACACCAUCCUGCUACAUGGCAGAAGCUCGGCGCUUGCGGUUGCAAUGAUACCAUCCAGCGAUUCCGACGGAGCACAUGUCAAAGAGGGCAAUGCAAGAAAUACGGAUACCAAGAAGUUUGCCUGCUUCUUGGAAGCAUUACUUUAGGCAUCAAAGGCGUGUGCGAAGGGAAAGGAAUGUAAACGAACAGGUUAGAUAGGGAAUACAAGGAUGCCAAGUCAGGAGCUUUAGUCCCUUGUUGACCAUGACGAUAAAUGAUAAUAUGAGAUCGUGUUUAUCAAA